UCGCAGACGCGGCGCUAUUAAACCGUCGCAGGCGCCUGGAGCUGGUUGUGAUCGUGCUGGCGCUCAGACGUGAGCUCGUGCGUUCGCCGGCUCGCUCUUACCCUGUGACGCCCAAGCCGGGAACAACUUCCUCUUUAUCUCCGCCUGUAGCUGCGUCGUUGUGACUCUGCCACCAUGUUCGAGGCGCGCCUGGUCCAGGGCUCCAUCCUGAAGAAGGUGCUGGAGGCGCUGAAGGAUCUCAUCAAUGAGGCCUGCUGGGACAUAAGCUCGAGCGGCGUCAACCUGCAGAGCAUGGAUUCCUCCCACGUCUCCCUGGUGCAGCUCACCCUGCGCUCCGAGGGCUUCGACACGUACCGCUGCGACCGCAACUUGGCCAUGGGUGUGAACCUCACCAGCAUGUCCAAAAUACUGAAAUGCGCUGGCAAUGAGGACAUCAUUACACUAAGGGCUGAAGAUAAUGCGGACACCCUGGCCCUAGUAUUUGAAGCUCCAAAUCAAGAAAAGGUUUCAGACUAUGAAAUGAAAUUAAUGGAUUUAGAUGUUGAACAACUUGGAAUUCCAGAGCAAGAGUAUAGCUGUGUAGUAAAGAUGCCUUCUGGUGAAUUUGCACGUAUAUGCCGAGAUCUCAGUCAUAUUGGAGAUGCUGUUGUAAUUUCCUGUGCAAAAGAUGGAGUGAAAUUUUCUGCAAGUGGAGAACUAGGAAAUGGAAAUAUUAAGUUGUCACAAACAAGUAAUGUCGAUAAGGAGGAGGAAGCUGUUACUAUAGAGAUGAAUGAGCCAGUUCAGCUAACUUUUGCACUGAGAUACCUGAACUUCUUUACAAAAGCCACUCCGCUCUCUCCUACAGUAACACUCAGUAUGUCUGCAGAUGUACCCCUUGUUGUAGAGUAUAAAAUUGCCGACAUGGGACAUUUAAAGUACUAUUUGGCUCCCAAGAUCGAGGAUGAAGAAGGAUCUUAGAUGUUCUUAAAAUCCAAGAAAAUAAAGUUAAGCUCUUUAAGAACUGCUUCUGAGAUGCCAGCAUGUACUAAGUUCGUCACCAAAUUUGUACCUCUUGAGUACAUAUGUAGAUAUUUUCUGUAAAUAACCUAUUUUUUCCUUCACUCUUUACAAUUUGUUUAAAGAAUAAAAUCCAAAGUCAAAUUUGGUCUUGUUAACCUAGAAAUAUUUCUGCCUUACCUAAAAAUACUUGUGUAUUCAUAACAAAAGGGUUUUGAUUCUAAAUGCAGUUUUGAGAAUUUUUUUCAAUUUAAAUAAAAGUUUUUUGAAUUUCAAACAUAACAAGUCAGUGCCUUCAUUUGGACCAUGACUGUUGCAAGUAUCCUGGGGAAUUCAGUUCAAGCUACCAUUUCAUGUAAAUGUGCUUAUUUUUCCAGUCUAGAGCAGCCUGAUAAAAAUACAUUUGAUACAGCAAUAAAAAGUAUUCCAACUACAGUAGGUGACAAGGUAUUUUGGGGGAUUCAUUUGUCAAACUUAUUUUGGUAUUCUUCUAACUUGAGUUCAAGAAAUAAACAGGAGAGUAGACCUAUAUAUUUUGUUAUCUUGUCAAUUUUGUUAGCAAAAACUAACACUUUUUUUCCAGCUUUAUGUACCCAAAGCUGUGUGGGCUUUAGAAGACUAGCACUGUUACAGGGCAGUGUCUUAGCCUAGGGAGCCUUUUAAAAGAAUCUUGAAAGAUUUAGUAGAUCUGUGAUAGGGGCCAAGCAAUAUGUUUGUGCAAAAAUAAUUUUUCUAGUAUAAGUGGCCUUUUUUGGGACUUAAUCCUAGCAGUUGUGAAACAGACUGUUUAGAUGUUCCUACUAAUUGUGCCAAACUGGCAUAGCACAUACUGAGAAUCACUUUAUUAAAGUCCUUUAUUCCUGGUGUAUUCUGUGCUUGGUGGUUUAAACGACUGGUUCCUUUGUUGUAGUACCUGGACUGAGUUCUGGUUACUAGAGGUAUAACCCACUAUACCCAGUAGGUAACUAGUAAUUACCUUCUGUGUCCCUGGGGGCAGGGAAGGAUAUUGGCUGCAAAGGGGCCUGAUGGAAGUUUUGGGAAUGAUGUAACUUUAAUAUAGACCGGUGAUGGUUCCAAGACUGUAUACACUUGUCAAAUUCAUCCAAUUGUACUUUAUUGUAUGUAAAUUAUACUUUAAUAAAUCUGACAUUUACAAAGCUU